UUUUAUCCCUGCCAGAGCCUCCUGUGUCCCGGGGGGUGCUGGAUGCAGGUGUUUGCUCAGAACUUUUACCAUAUAGUCCUGUCCACACCACGCUGCUCCCCUAAACGUCUUCUCUUGUGUAUCUCAGACCAGUGGCUGCAAAUAGCCCAGGGUUGACUUUCAACAGGAGCAGCUGUUCUCGAAGGCCUGAGCCAUUAUGACCUUUGAUUGCUAAUUAUUUGCUGAUAAUUUUGCCUCAGUCCAGGGACAGCUUGCGCAUCGAAGUGCAGGCAACAUGUGCAUUACCAGAGUCCGUCGAGGGAGGGUUGCUGGUGGAAAAACCAAACGGAGCCCUGGGCUGUAGGCUGGCUUUGCAGUGGCAGAAGCGGAGCUUCAAACUGCUUGGGGCCUGUAAUUUCCACUGUGUCUCUGGACAAAAUCACGUUCAUUUAUUGAAGACACUUGUGGGAGUGUGCCUUGUCAAAAUGAGACGUGAAAAUGAUCGUCUCCCAGGGGCUCAUGCAGCAGAAGGGAGAGGGUUACACUGGAGAGCGUGGGAAAGGUUGGCAUGGAAAAGCCUGAGAGGAAUUUCUUCUGGCAAAUUGAAAAUUAUAACUUUGGAACAUGAAGAAGUAAAAGUCCCCGCGUUCUGGGAGCGACCGUGCUGCCGAUGGAGGUUUUCUAGGCUGAUGUUUGGGGCUGUUGCUCCCAGCUUUCCUGUAACCCCUGGGUAAAUCCCAUACAGCCUCUGGUCUGGGGGAGCAGGAGGUGAUAGACACAUCCUCUGCAGUUACAGGAGCGAACUCCGUGUGUUUUAACCUUCUGGGCAUCUCCCUUGUGAUCAGCCACCCCAGCUCGAUUCCUGGGGAAGAGCUGCAGCAGUGUCGAAGCCCAGCACAGAAAGGUCAGAAGCUCUUGGGCCAUUAAUUUGAUCUCAUCAUCAUCUGUUCACCAUACCCAUCCCUAAGAAAAUGUUAACAUAGGAGCCCACAGUUCCAGCAUGGCUGGGAGCAGGGGGACAGGGUCCUGCUGCCUGUUUGGGGUCCCUGGCCUGACCCUUCAGCUUGUGAGACCCCAGCCCUGAGAGUGUGGGGGUGGUCCUGACCUCUGCCGGAGUGUCUGGUGGGAGCAGGACCCCCUGUCCCUUCAUGGUGGUGAAACAAAGAAAUAAGCUUAACAGCAGAGUCAGUUAUAUUGUCAAGCAGCAUUCUUUAUUUUAUUGGCACUGGGGAGCUCUGGGGAUCAUCCUCCAUAAGUUCUCCAACCACUGGACACUCUUGCGUUGCUUUUAUUCAUUAAUUACAAUUUUUAGACAUUUUUAACAUACAAUGUAUCUCUACUAAGAGAUAAUUGAUGAUGCUAGUUAUAAUUAUUAGCUAAAUAUAAACUAAGCACUCUGCUUCUAACCAGCAUAUUACUCAAUCUUCUGUCUCUCUCUUGUCGUGCAGAAGGAUCUAAAACGUGAAAAAUGCCCCCUCGUUUUGCAGGUGAUCAAAAAGCAUUUAUCUCAUGUCAAUUGGUUAAUGAUGGGUACGUCUUUUGUAAUUUAAUCACAGUGUACAUUAAUUUAGCGGCUUCUCACCAGGGGGGUACAAGGCUGUGAGGGCAGGGGGGCUGUGGGGACCGCUCCCCGGCUCCGGGAUGAGUCUGACACCGCUGUGGUGUGGGGGGUCCCGGCGCCAGCCCGGGUGACUCCCGGGCUCUCCCUGCCCCGCCGCUGUUCUGUGUGGGCGCCGCUCCCCCCCCGGGCCGGGCCGGUUCCCCGGGCAACGGCGGCCAGGAGACGUCAGCGGCUGGCGGGGCGGGCGGGGCGGGCGGGAGCGCCUCUGCAACCGCGGCCCGGGCCGGGCAUGAGGCUGCGCAUGGAGCCGGCGGCGGCCGUGCCGGGGAACCUCUCCCGCGGCGGCAAUGAGAGCGGCGGGGCGGCGGCGGGGGCUGCGGCGGGAUGGUCGGUGGCGGCGCUGGCCUCGCAGGCGCUGGCGCUGCUGCUCAUCUUCGCCCUCUCUGCGCUGGGCAACGGGGCGGUGGUGCUGGUGAUCGCCCGGCACCGGCAGCUCCGCACGGUCACCAACGCCUUCGUGCUGUCGCUGUCGCUGUCGGAGCUGCUGGGCGCCCUGCUCUGCCUGCCCCUGGCCUUCCUCAGCCUGCUCAGCCGCCCGCCCGGCGCCUGGCUCUUCGGGCAGCGGCUCUGCCUGGCCAGCGCCGCGCUGCACGCCGGGCUGGGCAUCGCCGCCACGCUCACCAUGGCCCUGCUCUCCUUCGACCGCUACUGCGCCAUCGUCCGCCAGCCCCGACACAAGAUGGGCCGCCGCCGCGCCGCCCAGCUCCUGGCUGCCGUCUGGCUGGCCGCCCUGGCCCUGGCCGGACCUUGGUACGGAUUGGCGGGCGAGGGGCAGCGGGAAGCCCGGCCCGGGGCGUACCGCUGCGUCUACGUGCUGCCUUGGGGCUCCUCACGCCUGGGGCCGCCCUAUGGCGCGGCGCUCAUCGUGCUCUGCUACCUCCUGCCCUUCGCCCUCAUGUGCUUCUGCCACUACAACAUCUGCCGGGCGGUGCGGCUGGCCGAGAGCCGUGUGCGGCCCCUCACCACCUACGGGCACCUGCUGCGGGCCUACGGGGAGAUGCGCACGGCCACCACCGUCCUUAUCAUGAUUGUCUCCAUCAUCUGCUGCUGGGGGCCCUACUGCAUCCUGGGGCUGGCGGCUGCCGCCGGCCACCUGCCCUUCUCACCCACCAUGGACGCCGUGGCCAGUGGGAUGGCCUGGGCCAACGGGGCCAUCAACCCGCUCAUCUACGCCGCCCGCAACCCCAACAUCUCCGUGCUGCUGCGGCGCAGCCGUGAGGGCGGCUACAGGACUAGGAACAACGUGGCAGCCUACCUCUCAGCCCCAGGCCAGCGGCCGGAGCCCCGGAGCCGGGCUGACCGCGUGCGGGAGCGCUAUGUCAACCGGCACAGCGGCCCCCCGGGCAGUGCCCCAUCCUCCUCCAGCCCAGCGAGCGGGGGAGAGGUGGCCAUGUGGGCCUGCAAGAACCCCGCUGUCCUCUUCUGUCGGGAUGGGCAGCCGGACACCAUCUCUGAGGCCACCUUGCAGGCCAAAGCGGACGCUGUCGACACCAGCCUCUGAAAGGGUGGGUGUCCAGGAUGGAGGCAUCGGGCCCUGGAACCAUCAGUGAGGAAAUAUGGGGGGCCCCGGUGCUCGGAGCGCUUUGCACCCAGACUACCAGAACAUCAGAGACAUGGGACUGCAUGAGCCGCGGUGUGAUUUCUUCAUUGUGUGAGCUCUGGUUUGGUGACCCAGCCUGUGAGCAGCGAGAGAUCCAUGGGGAAAGGAAUUUCCCCCUUUCCUUUCAGCAGGUGACACACUUGGUAAUAGCUGCUGAGCACAGCCAGUGCAAGAGCUUGACUGCAAGAACAAACCAGCGAGUGCUUCAGACCUGCAGAAAGUGCCACAGUGGAGCUAAGAGGCAGCCACACACACACAGCCCAAACCCACUGACUGUGUGAGCUGUUUGUUAAGUGCCAAAAAAGCAAUUGAAAGCUGAGCACUGGCAGCUGGAAGACACUCUGAAAACACCACACUGUGAAAACUGCAUCAUGGCAGGAAAAUGCUGCUUUAACUCAUUAUAUGUGGAAGUGCCAAUAGUCAAAAAGUCUUAUACUGUGGGACAGGCUAAAAAAGUGAUCUAUAAAGAUGAUGUGUUUUUUUUCCAGACUCCCAAGCAUAACAAAAGAGUAAUUGUUGUGACAGGGAAGAUGUAUGUUACUGGAAGGAAUGGAAAGGAAGAUGAAACCUCAGUUGUCAUAAUUUCAGCAGUGUUGUCUAUUUUUUGUUUCUUUUUUAGGUACUGUCAGCUUAAAAUACUAUGAAUAUGAGAAAUGUGUUCUUCACACAGACUGAGGAAAAGGGUGUGGGUGUAGACUGUGGUGUCACUGAGUCUGUGCACAAGAUGUACGUUUUCUUUUUGAGCUCAUCCAAAGUGCUUCACAUCUCUAAGAAUUUAACCAUGUUUAGAGGAGCCAUUCAAGAGAGGUAUCUGAACGGAGGGGUAAAGCAAUACCAUGUGUUCUUCGUGUGCUCUUAAGCAUAUGAAAAUGUGCAUGUGCAGAGAAUAGAUGUUGUAUUGAAGGCAGGAAUCCAUCUGGAGUAUAAUAUUUGAAAACCAGCUGUCUGCCAUUGAAAAAAAAAAAGGAAAAUAACACAAUGCAAGUGCAACUGCAUGGUAUAAAUUCAUCUGAAUUUAUCAGUAUACUCUUUUUGUCCAAAGGCUUAGAGCCUUAAAUUAGUAUUUUGAAUCAGAAUCUAAUAUUGGGUCUUUGCCAGAGUUAGAUGUGAAAGGCAGGUGGUGUUUUUCCAUGUACAGGCUUUAAAAAUACAAAGUUACUGUUUAACCAGCUUUUUCAGCUGUUUGUGACCCAAGUGAACAUACUAUCAUUACUUUGUGAGACAAGAAAUAAAUUGUCUUUUAUGCAGGAGAUGAAA